CAACACUCGCUGCUGUGAUCAACUUUUCUUUUUCCCCUUGCAUCGCUCCUUAGUUACUGGAGUAAAAGGAAUUCCACACCAUUCGCGUGCUGGACUCAUCCACUUUUGGAGAAUCAAUAAACCCUAACAUCUCUUUGAGAUAUUAGGGAGAUUUCAGUUUCGAACAUAGUUCUUCUUGUCGGUGAUUUGGUGUUGAUGCGGAAAAAGGAAGUGAGGCAAGCUGGGAAAGGCCGGUGAGCUGCUUGGCAUCUUUGAUUGCAUAAAUGAGGUCGCCGCAGCGAUCGCGGUGGCAUCAUCAUCGCUGAUGGCGAGGAUGAGCGAUUCGGUUUAUCGAGUCGAUACUACACCCAGGCUCGCCCAAUGGAGGAUCGAUGCCCUCUCUUCUUUCACUUACCGCAAGUCGGAUCCUUUCAAGAUUGGCCUCUGGAACUGGUACAUGACCUUGGAAAGAAGCAGGCAAUUAUUUGUAAAGUUAUACCCAGAAGUGUCAAACAUGACAUCGGAGCAGUCUCCAAUUGCUUCCUUUAUCGUCAAAAUUGUCUCAUCCUCUGCUACAGAUCGCAGAACAAUUGUUCAUCCAGGAAUUAGUGACAAGCAGCUAAAGAAUAACGACUACUUUGUCUGGGCAGUCGACAACUUUGCAGGGAAGUUCGUUAUUGACGUUGAGUUCCUUGACCUCAAGAUUGUGCCGCCAUCUGGUGGGGAGCCCUCAUCCAUCUGGUCUGGUCAACACAUCCAGAAACAUUCUCCCAUCACUUCUCUCAACUCCCUCAGCAGGAUGCUUACUGACAGCAUCCAUACUGACAUCACCAUCAAUGCCAGCGACGGCAGCAUUGGCGCCCACAGGGCUGUUCUUGCCACAAAGUCAUCUGUCUUCCAGAGAAUGUUUUCCCACAACCUCCAAGAGAAGAAGCUCUCUACUGUGAACAUCUCCGACAUGUCCUUAGAAGCCUGCCAAGCCUUCCUCAACUAUAUCUAUGGAAACUUCCAAGCUGAGGAGUUUCUUAGUCACCGUUCAGCUCUUCUCAGAGCUGCUGAUAAGUAUGAUAUCUCCGACCUCAAAGAAGCUUGCCAUGAGAGUCUCCUGGAAGACAUUGAUUCGAAGAACGUGCUCGAGAGGCUCCAGAUGGCAUAUAUAUACCAGCUGCCGAGGCUGAAGUCCUCUUGCUUGAGGUAUCUGGUUCACUUUGGCAAGAUUUAUGAGAUCAGUCAGGAUUUCAAUUUGUUUCUGCUUAGUGCAGAUAGAGAGCUCAUAGCUGAAGUCAUACAGGAAAUUCUUGCUUCCUGGAAGGUUUUCUAGUUAGAGCUUCUAUGAUGUGUUGAUUGGGUAGUGUAAUGGGUUUGCUGUAGUGAUGAUCGUUACAUGUACAUAUAGAUUUGUUGGUGGGAGGUUGUGCAGAAUUCAUUUCCAAUGAAGAGGUGUGAAUUCUUUGUUUUCACAUGUAAUACUUUUGGGCUGACCGUGGUUCCUUCAUAAAAUAUAUUGGGAAUGAAUAAAUACUUUCU